AUGAGUAGGAACGUCGAUAAGGCCAAUUCAGUGCUGGUACGAUAUCAGGAGCUUCAAGCGGAAGAAACGGGCGGAUAUAAGGACUAUUCCAGGUACAAGAGGCCAACAAAGCUGUCUUCCGUGAAGUCGCUUGGAGAAGCACAGCAAUGGCAUAGGCAGAUAGGGCGGGAGAUCAAGGACAAGACAACGAGGUUGUAUGAUCCAUCGCUUAACGAAAUUCAGCUGCAGACUCUUAAUGACGAGGUGAAUGAAUUGCUUGAUGAACAAAGCAAAUGGGAAUGGUAUAUGGCUAAAGUGCUAGGUGGAAAACGCGUGAAUGGGAAGAGGCGGGAUGCGUUGGUUGGAGGAAAGCUUAUUUUGGGUAAGAGAUACUUUGGACGGGCAGUUGAACUCCCUGAGGUGCAGGAUUAUCUGAAGAAACGAGAGGAAGAAGAGAAAUAUGGCAAAGAUGGCAAGGGAAUAGUCGAUUUCAAGCGUAUUCCAAGGGACAAGAAGUCGUUCUACUAUGGACAGAGUCCUGUGUACGAAAGGCUGAGAGACUUUGAGCGGGAAUGGACGGCCAUUCUGCGAAGAAAAGUGGAAAAAGGUAAACUGCACACAUCAGAGACUCUUGACGUGGAGGAGAUUAGAAAACAAGUACCGACAAUACGUGAGAUGGAAACCUGGUUAGUUGAAAAAAGGAAGAAAAAACUCUUGGAGCAGCUAGAUAGAUGA